AUGGAAGACGGUGAAAAGGGGAGUGAAUUGUUUCAAAUGACAGUAUCUAACUGUCCCUAGGCAAAAGCAUCAGGUUCAAGGGCACAUCUAGGGGAGGCCUAGGUUGAGGGAGUUGCAGCCAACCCCACCCUUUUCCCUACAUGCACACAUUUAUGUGCAUGCAUACACAUAUCCUACCCCUGUGAGAAGUUUAAACAUAGAUACUUUAUUUCUACAAUCUACACUAUUAUAAUUUUCCCAUGAUAAAUACCUUGACGGCCCUCAAAAGCUAAUAACUUUGGGAGUUCUUAUUCACAACCCCCUCCCCCACUUCAGCUAAGCAUACCACAUGGCAAGGUUUUAAAACUUCUAUUAUAUUGUUGGGCCUCAUAGCUACACAGAAAGUAUUAUAUUUAUAAAAGGCAAUUUUUUCCAUAGAUCAAUUACUCAGACCCUACAAGGCGACAUGGCCUUGGAGAUAAAAAACUGGGUAACAUGAUUGUCAAAGAGUUCCUGAUAGAACAGGCGGUGAACCUCCAAUGCUAUCAGCAGUUCCACAAAAGGCCAGCAAGGCCAAGACAGAGGCUCAAUAAAAUGCUUGGAGGGGAGAUCCCUGUUCCAACACCUAAAACAAACAGAGAAAUCAAAGAAACACUCACGGUAAGUUACCCGUUUUUAAACGUAAAGAUCAUCGAAUAAGAUAUGUAUAAAAAGUCAACACCAUGACCAAAAUUGAAGAUUAACAAAAAACAAGUUAAAUUCAAGGAAUGAAUUAUUAAACUGAAGUAUACAGUCAUGUAACAAGAGAAGCCCGUCCCCCCAGAGAAUCAAGUUGCAACAAAAUAUAAGUUAUUUAUGUUUGAAUUUAAUUUGUGUUCCCAUUUAUUUUAGGUCAACUUUGAAGCAGAAGGGUAUACAAUUGGUGAGUUGGUGGUGCCCAAGCAACACAAGAAACUAAUCCUAAACAGUGAUGGCACUUUAAACGAAGUACUUUCCACAGUUUCUGGAAGGAAAAUACCUUUAGCAGAAAAUAUAAAAAGGGAUCUGGAAAGGUGUGAACAGCUUGGGUAGUGAGAGGACAUACGAACCAGGAGUAUGAGCAGAUGAGCCAUGAGCAGAUAACAGAACGGCUGAAAGUGUUAGGGGAUGAUAAGAACCAUCUGCGAGACAGUCCAGAGCAGAGAAAAGAAUGGCUGAUCAGGUUUGAGAGAACCAGACACUUGAUGGUAUGGGGGAGGGGGGGGGUGGUUCAACAAUAUUAAACCAUGGCUUCCUCCUAUAUAUCAUUCAGUGUGUGUAUGAUCCAGCCUUUUCUUAAACAGCAGAAAUGAAGGACAGGGGAUAUGGUGUCAUUGAUGUUCCUGCACUAGUUGAGAAGCCCCACAUAUACAUCCUUGGGAGGUGCAUUGGAAAAGACGUCAAGCAGUUGGGUUACAGUCAGACAAGAUGCCAAUGUUUGGAUGAGCUGCAAAACAACCUGCUGACAAGUAAGGGAUGCCCAGUGACAGACAUCAUGCGCUUCUUCCAUACCAAUGGGCCAGGGCAGCAAUUUGAAAGUGGUGAGCAACGGGGAGGCAACAAUGGCUGCAGUGGCUGUAGUGGAGACUCGCACAGAUAUCGUUACCUUACAUACCGCUUAAGGUCCCCACAUCUAUCCCUCGCAGAUCGCAUUAAAAUAGUUAGGGCUGGACCAGCUGGAGAAGGAAAAGAAAUAGAGGAAUCAAGCCCUUCAAAACAUGACUGUGGCAGAGCUGAGAGCUGA